GAGGUGUGUGGGAGGGGUAGGUAGGGGUGAGUACUGGGUGGAGGGACCCUGACAGGGAUCAUCAACUCUGAGCAGCAGGUAGAAGCCCCGACCGAGGAGAUUUGGCUGUGUGGAGCGGGGAGACAGGUGUGGAGACAAAGGGAGCAGGUUGGUAGGCAGAAAAGCAGGCAGAGACCAAGAGAGACCGAGGCCAGGCAACAGAGGGCAGCAGAGACGCGGGCGAGAGAAGGAUGGAGGGGGGCAGAUAGGGAAGAUGCCCACCGGGGCUUUAGAGAGGAGGUGGACUGGGUCACGAGAACAGGUGUGCAGAGUCGGGGUGCGCGCGCGAGACUCGUGAGCAAGAGGAUGUGGGGGGUGGUGCCCAGCAGAGGUCCCCCCACUUCGCCAGCCGGAGUGGUGGCGCAAGGGGUCCGAUGCGGAGGGAGGAGCCGCUGUGGAUGCACAGACCACAGGCCGCCCGCCCUCCACCACCCUGGCUGUGCCGCGGGACCCUGCACCGGCACCGCCCGGUCUUCCUUUCCGUGCGUCAGUCCCUCCCGUUGUCUUGGCAACAGGCUCGUUGCCCAGCAACCAGCCUUGCUAUCAUCCUGCCUGGAGCCUGGCGGUCUCUCUGGGCAACAGUGGUCUGCUGGUUCCCACGUCUGCCUUCGCCCGCUUCCGGUUCAAACCCUUGGGAAGGGCUAGGAAGGAGGAGAAGAGGGUGGUUGUGGGGGGGGGGUGCCUGCAGUGAGGAGACGUCUCUUUGUGAUGGAAUUGGGUCCCCCAAAAGCCCGCCCUCGGCCUGGAAAGGCGGAGAUUAACUCCCAGUGUGCACCGAAAGUCUUUGAUGCGCGGAAAACUCAAUGGAUGUUUGGGGUAGGAGUGGGGGGGAUAGGGUGCUUGGGUACCUCUGCAGGAAGCACCGCGGGAACCCGACGCCAUGUUCCCGGAACCCCCGACCCCGGGGUCUCCAGCGCCUGAGACACCUCCAGACUCCAGCCGCAUCAGGCACGGGGCAGUACCUGCCUGGGUCCUGGCCACCAUCGUGCUGGGCUCAGGCCUCCUGGUCUUCAGCAGCUGUUUCUGUCUCUACCGGAAGCGCUGCCGGAGACGGAUGGGCAAGAAGAGCCAGGCCCAAGCCCAGGUCCAUCUCCAGGAAGUGAAGGAGCUGGGCCGGAGUUACAUCGAUAAGGUUCAGCCUGAAAUAGAGGAGCUGGACCCCUCACCAUCCAUGCCGGGACAGCAGGUAUCAGAGGAGCACCAGUUAGGACGACUGCAGUAUUCACUGGAUUAUGACUUCCAGACUGGCCAGCUCCUGGUGGGUAUCUUGCAAGCUGAAGGACUGGCAGCGUUGGACCUAGGAGGUUCCUCGGACCCCUAUGUCAGUGUCUAUCUGCUGCCAGACAAGCGGAGGCGGCAUGAGACCAAGGUGCACCGGCAGACCCUGAAUCCGCACUUUGGGGAGACCUUUGCCUUCAAGGUCCCCUACGUCGAGCUCGGGGGCAGAGUGCUGGUCAUGGCUGUGUAUGACUUCGACCGCUUCUCCCGCAACGAUGCCAUCGGGGAGGUGCGGGUGCCCAUGAGUUCAGUGAACCUGGGGCGCCCGGUGCAGGCCUGGAGAGAGCUGCAGGUGGCGCCCAGGGAGGAGCAGGAGAAACUGGGGGACAUCUGCUUCUCUCUCCGCUAUGUCCCCACGGCUGGAAAGCUCACCGUCAUUGUCCUGGAAGCUAAAAAUCUGAAGAAGAUGGAUGUAGGAGGACUCUCAGAUCCCUAUGUUAAGGUACACCUGCUUCAGGGAGGCAAGAAGGUUCGGAAGAAGAAAACCACCAUUAAGAAGAACACCCUGAACCCCUAUUACAACGAGGCCUUCAGCUUCGAGGUGCCCUGUGACCAAGUGCAGAAAGUCCAGGUGGAGUUGACCGUAUUGGACUACGACAAGCUGGGCAAGAAUGAGGCCAUCGGGAGGGUGGCGGUGGGCGCCGCAGUCGGUGGGGCUGGCCUCCGGCACUGGGCAGACAUGUUGGCCAACCCCAGGCGGCCCAUUGCCCAGUGGCACUCGCUGCGCCCCCCUGACCGAGCCAGGCCAAUGCCUGCACCCUGACCCCCCGUCAGGCACGCGCCUGACCCCAGAUCCGUGACUCCCAGCUCCUUCCAGCUCUCCCCACAUGCCUCUCCCUACUCCACAGACGUCGCGUCCACUCCUACCUCCACGCUGGGAACGUUCCUAACUCCCGGCACCACUCCCAUCCCCAGAAACCACAGAGAUCCUGCGGGGAGGUGGCUAAGUCUGACAUUCCCUGCCCCGGGGUCCUCCCCUCUGCUUUGACAAUCAGCUGAGAAGCCUAUUAUCCCCUUCCUCCCAAUCUCUUAGCUCUUCCCAGACAGCUUGACCCCUGUAACUGCUCCUGGGGCCAAAUAAAUAAAUACUCAGCAGCUUGGAA